UGUACAAGCUGAACUGAACUUUAAUAACCCACAAAGCCAUCAAAUAGAUCUUAAAAAUAAUUAUUUUUCUUUUCAUAGCCAAUAUCUCAAAUCACAUUUUUCUUCAUCACUUUUGAACCUGAAAAUUCACCAUCACCGUUAUCAUAUUCUUUGAUCUUUUUCUCUUUGCUUAAACAAAAUUUUUUUUUGCUUAUACUCCAAGAAUCCGGGACGGUUUCUGCUGACAUAAUCUUUUGUGUGUUUACAGUUUGAAAAAUGGAAGAAAGUAAUGAUGUUUUUCAGACCAGGUUCAGUCCCAAAAUCUCAGAAAUAAGAGCUUCUUUGUCUCAGAUCAUAUUAGCAGGAGGACCAAACACGCUCGACUCAAUCUUCUCUCUUCUCACUCCCUCCUCCCUAGAGUCCUCCACAACAUCCCUAGACACUCUCAAUCCUCCACCGCCUCCGCAGCUCGGCUCCUCCGUCUAUCUCCAGCAACGAGAUCUUAUCGAGAGACUCCACCUUCAAAACAGAGCGGUCUCCACUCCUCCUCCUCCUCCUCCUCUGUUUUCCUCAUCCGCAGCUUUCGCGGCGAAAAGGAAGAAGCUUUACAGAGGAGUGAGGCAGAGACACUGGGGAAAAUGGGUCGCUGAGAUAAGACUGCCGCAAAACAGGAUGAGGGUUUGGUUAGGUACUUACGAGACGGCGGAAGCCGCCGCCUACGCUUACGAUCGCGCCGCCUAUAAGCUCCGCGGAGAAUACGCUCGUCCCAACUUCCCAAAUCUCAAGGACCCGAGCGAGCUGCUCGGACUCGGGGAUUCCUCUAAGCUAAUAGCUCUCAAAAGCGCCGUCGACGGGAAGAUCCAAACGAUUUGCCAGAGAGUCAGAAGAGAGAGAGCCAAGAAGAACGGAAAAGGAAGCAAAGAUUCUUCCACCGCGACGGCGGACUCUUCGUAUUCAUCCUCGUCGGAGAUUCUGUCUUCUCCGGCGGCAACGGUGACUGCCACUGUCGUUAAUUCUGAGGACUCUCCGGCGAUGACAGCGGAGGAAGACACGAUGAUGGGAGUGGAUACUGAUGGGUUUCUGCUUGCGAGGAUGCCAUCGUUCGACCCUGAGCUUAUUUGGGAAGUUCUCGCCAUUUAAAUCACACAAACUGUGAAUUUUGAUCACGAUCGUAUGGAGAGUAAAAGAAAACUUGGGAUUCAAGAAAUGAUGGGAAGAUUAGGGGUUUGGGUGUGAAUUAGGGUUUAAAGUAAACCGGAUCUUUUGUUAAAUAAUGGAAUAUUAAAACUUAAGCCUCGUAGUUUUUGAAAGAGGUUGUGAAAGCUCCUUUUUUUAAUUUAUAAUGCAAUCAUAUCCAAGGACUUUCUGAUUGUACUGUGAACCACUAUUAAUACGUUACAAUUUUAUUUGAGCAAGGCUUCUGGAGAUUGAACACUGGUGCGAAGUUAAAACAUGAUGUUGGUAAG